GACUGUUUUCAACAUUGAAAAUCCAGAAAAUCUGCAGAAAAAAAACAAUGUUUGAAUUUAUCUAUUACUUCUGCAAUCGUGGGAGAGAAAAUCUCCGUGAACUUCAAAAAACUGACUUUACAGUUUCGGUGGAUUCAACUGGAAGGGAAUAUGUAACUGUCAAGGAACGUCAAACAAAAAAUCACAGAGGCGACGAUUUGCAGGAUAUGUCAAGUAAACAGGGCAGGAUGUACGACAAACCUGGUGAUCCUCGUUGUCCAGUACUCUCCUUCAAAAAGUAUAUUGGAAAGCUUCACCCUGAAAACCCAAAUUUCUGGCAGCGCCCAAUGAAGAGAAAAUAUGAAGAGAAAGAAUCGUGGUAUGAGAAUACAGCCGUUGGUAAAAACAUACUUUAUUCGUUCAUGGCAAAUUUAAGUAAAGAAGCUAUCUUAAGUAAAAUAUAUACCAAUCAUUGUAUCCGUGCUACAAGCAUAACAACCCUAGAUCACGAGGGAGUGGAGGCACGGCACAUAAUGGGGCUAAGUGGACAUCGUUGCGAAUCUUCAAUCAAAUCCUACAGUUCCAAACUUAGUGAGGCAAAAACAAGGGAAAUGUCCGAAAUCUUAUGUAAAAACAUUUCUGCAACUUCUAAAACUUUGUCAAAUUCAGAAAAUGCAGUUCCUUCUGAAAAUGUGUCCACAGAUUUCCUAGAUUCUGACCUAAUCAAUUAAAUAUUGAACAACGAUUUUAGCCUUGAAAAUGUAGGAAGUGGAUCUGGAGCCUUUGGAACCGUCAUCUGCUAACAUGUCAUCCACAAACAAUUUGUUUAAAUUUGCAAAUUGUCAAAUAACAUUUAAUUUUCCAAAAUGAUAUGUACAUGUAACAGUGAACUCUUAUCUUGUUCAGAACUUUGAUUUAUUGUGUUACUUCAAGGACUUUUAAAGUUGUUGAUUUUCUCAAAAUAUUGUUGUUAAUAAAUUGUUAUUA